AUGGCGGGGGUACUAGCGGUGCCGAUCCAUGAGACGGAGGACGAGAUCUUGGAGCUUCCGAAGAGCGAGCUGCCGGAUGAUCCCAAUGAGAUCAUGCAGAUUCUUGCCAGUGAGCUUGCUCCCCUCAAGCUGUGGCUGGAGUUGGCCCUUGCCUACUACCAGCAGAACCGCGUGCCCCAGUUCCUGAUGGUCAUGGAGACGAGCACGGGAGACGAAGGCCCCUUCUAUCAGGACUACUACAAGGACGAUAAACAUGGCCGUAUUGCCCUCUUGAACUGUCUUGCAGCAUAUCAUGUACAGAUGGCGUCGAGGACGAAGAGCAGGCAGACGAAGGAGCAGCAUUUUCAGAAGGCAACAGAGCUGUUCCAGCAAGCUGAUAGGAUAGAUCGCGGUGUUGCCCUCACUUUCGUUGGAAAGGGCCUCAUCCAUAUCGCGAAGAUGUCAUUGCCCACACGCAAGGGCUCUGACUCCUCCGGCGAUCACUUGAUGCAAGCAGGAGUAAUGUUCGACAACGCGAUCGAGUGCGAUCGAACAUGCAUACCCGCGUGGCUGGGGAAGGCGUCAGUUCAGUUCAACAAGAGACAGUAUGGUGAAGCGCUCAAAAGUUACAAACAGGUUCUUCGUUUGAAUCCUGCAUGCCCUCCUGAAGUUCGCCUGGGCCUUGCUCACUGUUACGCCGCUUUGAAACUAGACGACUAUGCUUUGAAGGCCUUUGAGAGAGUUGUAGAGCUUUCUCCGAACAAUGUGGAAGGUCUUGUUGGCCUCGCCAUCAUCGAGAUGAACAGAGAUCCUCCAGCCAACUUGACGGAAGAGCAAGAAGGCACCUUCGUUCGUAGGCAAGUUGCCAAGUCGCUCAAAUAUCUGAAGCGAGCAUACCAAAACAAUGGAGACCAAAACGCUGUUGUUCUCAAUCACUUGGCCAAUCACUAUAUCAUCGGAGAAGAGCUUGAGAAAGCUCACAGCUUGGCUACGAUUGCCUACAACACAACUGAUGUUAAGAAGAUCAAAGCUGAGAGCUGUUAUCAUAUUGCAAGGGUUUACCAUCUCAGGAAGGACUUUGAUCAGGCGCACAAGUAUUACAACCAUGCAGUCAGUUUCUGGCCAGACUUCUUGCUUCCUCAAUUCGGUUUAGGUCAGACUUUCACGCAUUACAACAAGUUCUCAGAGGCGAUCCCCUGCCUGGACAAGGUGCUCCAAACCCAGCCGAAUAAUUACGAAGCACGCAAACUCAUGGGCUUUCUGUGCUCCAAGCUCGGGGAUACUGAGAAAGCUAUUAUGCACUUGCGGAAGAUCACAGAGUUUGAAAUCGAAAACAAGAUUGAUGAGGAAGUGUGGAUGGAGUUGGCACAACUUCUUGAGAAACAAAAUCCUGCAAGAUCCCUUCAGCUUUACCACAAGGCAAGGGAAGUUCUCAAAAGGAAAAAGCUGCCUGUCAACACCAGCAUCUUGAACAACAUAGCUUCUCUCUACCAGAAACAGGGCGAUCAUGCUAAGGCCAUGAAGUUCUACGAGAAAGCAUUGUUCUCGUGUGGAAUUCAAGUCGAGCCGGGCAGCGGCACUGUCAAGGUGGUUGAGAGCAUUGACUUGAAUGAUGCGAUGAAGGGCCAGGGUGUCACGAUCUUGUACAAUUAUGCUCGUCUGCAGGAACAGAAGCAACAGCACAAUAUUGCCUACAACAUUUACCAGACGAUCAUCAAAGAACGGCCGAACUACAUGGAUGCCUACCUUCGAAUUGCUUCCAUUUGCGAGACUCGUGGAAACAAUAGGGAUGCGUCAACCUGGCUCCUGCUAGCCCUGCAGGUCAAUCCGAAUCACGAGGAGACUCUUAUCCAUCUUGCAAAGCUGGCCAUGAAAAUCUUGAACUUCUCCCGUGCUCAGAAAUACCUGGAAAAGAUUCUGAGCAGGAACUCGAAUCAUGCUCUUGCGAAUGUGCUUCUUGGCAACAUAUUCUUUUCUAGCGCGAAACAUGACGGAGACAGUCAAGACACAGACAAGUCUCGAAGUAAGUACGUUCAGUACCUCUCUCGCGCUCUUUCCUUCUAUUCUCGAGUGAUCGAGAGUGAGGGCGGUACCAACCUCCUCGCCGCCAAUGGAGCCGCCACUGUGAUCGGGCAGAGUGGUCGACUUUCCGAAGCAAAGUCCAUCUUCGCACAUCUGCGCGAGACUGCUCCUCAUCAGCUUCCAGAUGCCUGGAUCAACCUUGGACAUAUCCACUUCCUCCAAGACGAGUUCACUCAGGCCAUCAAGAUU